AUGCCCAGAUACACGGUACAUGUGCGCGGGGAAUGGCUGGCCGUGCCCUGCCGGGAUGCUCAGCUCACUGUGGGCUGGCUGGGCCGGGAGGCAGUGCGGCGCUACAUCAAGAACAAGCCUGACAACGGUGGCUUUGCCUCGGUGGACGCCGUGAGCUUCCUUGUGCGCCGAUGCAAGGGCCUGGGCCUGCUAGACCAUGAGGACACCCUGGAGGUGGCCCUGGAGGAUAAUGAGUUCGUGGAAGUGGUCAUAGAAGGGGAUGCAAUGUCUCCAGACUUUAUUCCAUCCCAACCAGAGGGAGUUUACCUAUACAGCAAAUACCGGGAACCUGAAAAGUGCAUUGACUUAGAUGGGGACAGUCUGACCACAGAGGAUCUGGUCAACUUGGGAAAGGGCCACUACAAAAUAAAGCUCACCCCAAGUGCUGAAAAGAAGGUACAGAAAUCCAGGGAAGUCAUAGACAGCAUCAUAAAAGAAAAAACUGUUGUUUACGGUAUUACUACAGGUUUUGGGAAAUUUGCCAGAACUAUAAUUCCUAUCAAUAAGCUAGAGGAGCUCCAGGUAAACUUAGUACGCUCACAUUCUUCAGGUGUUGGGAAACCACUAAUCCCUGAGAGAUGUCGGAUGCUCCUGGCUUUAAGGAUAAAUGUCUUAGCCAAAGGUUACAGUGGCAUUUCCUUGGAGACCCUCAAACAAGUUAUCGAAGUAUUUAAUGCUUCCUGCCUGCCCUAUGUUCCAGAGAAAGGAACAGUUGGCGCCAGUGGAGACCUUGCCCCACUCUCUCAUCUUGCUCUCGGGCUAAUUGGAGAAGGGAAGAUGUGGUCUCCAAAGAGUGGCUGGGCUGAUGCUAAAUAUGUACUGAAAGCCCAUGGAUUGAAACCAAUUGUUUUGAAACCAAAAGAGGGUCUGGCGCUAAUCAACGGGACACAGAUGGUCACCUCGCUGGGCUGUGAAGCUGUGGAGAGAGCUAGCGCGGUGGCGCGGCAGGCUGACAUCGUGGCGGCCCUGACUUUGGAGGUGCUCAAGGGCACCACCAAAGCCUUCGAUACUGACAUUCAUGCUGUUCGCCCUCAUCGUGGGCAAAUUGAUGUUGCUUUUCGGUUUCGGUCCCUCUUGGACUCUGAUCAUCACCCAUCGGAAAUAGCAGAAAGUCACAGGUUUUGUGAUCGUGUUCAAGAUGCAUAUACCUUGCGCUGCUGUCCACAGGUCCAUGGUGUGGUGAAUGACACAAUAGCGUUUGUGAAGAAUAUCAUCACCACAGAAAUUAACAGUGCAACAGAUAAUCCUAUGGUCUUCGCCAGCAGGGGAGAGACUAUUUCUGGAGGAAACUUCCAUGGUGAAUACCCAGCCAAAGCCCUGGACUACUUGGCCAUUGGUGUCCAUGAACUUGCCGCGAUUAGUGAAAGAAGAAUUGAAAGGCUCUGUAACCCGUCCCUCAGCGAGCUGCCUGCCUUCCUGGUGGCUGAAGGUGGCCUGAAUUCUGGGUUCAUGAUAGCCCACUGCACGGCCGCAGCCCUAGUUUCUGAGAACAAGGCUCUGUGCCACCCCGCGUCUGUGGACUCCUUGUCCACCAGUGCUGCCACAGAGGACCACGUUUCCAUGGGAGGAUGGGCAGCAAGAAAGGCCCUCAGGGUCAUCGAGCACGUGGAGCAAGUGCUGGCCAUCGAGCUCCUUGUAGCCUGUCAGGGCAUCGAAUUUCUACGCCCCCUGAGAACAACCACUCCGCUGGAGAAGGUCUAUGACCUGGUGCGCUCUGUUGUAAGGCCCUGGAUAAAAGACCGCUUCAUGGCCCCAGACAUCGAGGCAGUACACCGGCUGCUGGUAGACCAGAAGAUUUGGGACGUAGCUGCACCAUACAUUGAAAAAUACAGAAUAGAGCAUAUUCCAGAAUCAAGACCUGUUUCUCCUACGGCUUUUAAGCUAGAAUUUCUACAGAAGAAAUCCACCAAGCUCCCAGAAUCUGAUGACCUUUAAUGGGCUUUGUCAUG